AUGUAAUAUUAGCUUUAAAUCAUUGACAUAUAGUCCUUUGAGAAUAAAUACUAUUACAAUGUUAGAAUUACAAACAAUUAUUAUACCUGUUAUCGAGAUGUAAGGGUACGCUUCUAAGAUCUAAAUUAAAUGUCUCGAAACCUCAUGUCUGAUAAUUAUCAAACAAUUGUAAGAGAUUUCAAAAUAUAAAAAUAUUAGUUACCUUAAUUUCCAGAAAAGUCAAUUUUCAGUUCUUGGUUUUAGUAUAGUGAAAGCAGAGAGGAUUUAUAAGAGCAUCUUAAAGCUAUAUAAGCAUACUUAUCUCAAAUUAAUAAGUAACAAUAAUUUAUAGUUAAGAAUAAUAAUCUAUAAACCUGAUGCUAUAAAUUAAUUUGUUUGUAGUGCUUUUGAUCCUGAAAGACUGAAGAAUUUAAAAUUUGAAAAAUUAACUAAAGAGACCCUAUAUAAAAAUUACAUAAAAUCAGCUCAAAUAAAAAAGAGUUCCUUUAAUAAAGUUUUUAGAGUUAGUGUUAGUUCAAUACCAUUAACAGUUCAUCAGUAUUUAAUCCCUUAAAAUGAUUUUGCUAAAGUUGAAUAUGAACAUUAUAAAAGAUCAUAAUCGCUAAUUACAGAUUUUACUCAUGUAGUAAAAUGUUUUGAAAUAGGUUAUAUGCAAAAGAAUAAACCUUUCUUUAAUAAAAAGGUAAAAAAAACUAUAUAUAAUAAAAUAUUUAAAACAGAUGACAUAUAAUAUGAUAUAAUUUAUGCAGUUGAAGAAUGGGUAGAAUAACCAAUGAAGGAAAUUAUUUAAUUAAGAGCUUAAACAAAUAGUUUUUUUUAAUUAGAAGUUAUUGUUGAAGCAAUUAUUACAUUAGUGACAGUUGCUUAAUAUUUCUAAUUUUUAUAGAUAUUUUAAAAAUAGUUUUCUGUAAGUUUUUUGUUUUAUGAUGAAAAAAAAGGAUUUAAAGUUGGUGGAUUAUCUCCUGUACUUGCCUUCAAAAAAAGAUAUUAUAUUUAAUAUGAUAAAAAUACUAAUGAUUAUAAAGCUCUAUAAACACCAGAGAGUAAUACAAAAUUAAAUUAAUAUGGUUUUAAUAAUAAUUUCAAUGUUGCAAUUAGAAAUGAUGUUUGGUAAAUUGGUAUAGUCAUUUUAUCUAUGGCUUCCUUAACAUUACCAGCUGAUAUGAUAUCAUAAGAAGCAAUUGAAGAUAAAUUAUAAUUAAUAUCAUUUCAAUAUGGGUAUGUAAUUUUUAAAAUUAGGGAAAUAUUAGGAAAUUUAAUUAGAAAUAUGUUAUUACGAAAUCCAAUUGAAAGAUGUUCUCUAACAGAUGUUGCAUGCGCUGCUCAAAAUCUUUUACCUAUGAAAUUAGUUUUUCUAAAGUUUGAAGAAAGAAUUGAGAGAAUUUAAGUUUAAAUGUUAAUUUAAAUAGAUUACUUCACUUUCAUAAUUAUUACUUGAAGAAUUAGACAAAUCUUUUAGAGAGAAAAAACUAAGAAAAUAUAUAAUUUAAAUGACAGUGAGUAAGUCUGUAGUCUAAUAGAUAUUUUUAUUUUAUUUGGAAAGAAUAAAAAGAGAAAAUGUGAUACAAUUGUAUAUCAAUUUAUCUCCUUAACAAGUUCCUGAUGAUUUGAUUAAUAGAAUGAUGGGAAUAAUUAUUGAUUAUAAGUAUCUAUAACAACUUGUUUUGAAUUUUAGAGGAUGCUCUAUUAAUUAGAAUGCUUGCUUAAAUAUAAUUUAAUAAGCUAAUCUAAUUACUCAAUUAAAAUAAUUAACACUAGAAAUAAGUGGAAUUUAAAUAAUUUAGAUUCCUGAAACAAAACUUCGAGUUGUUGUUUAUAACCAAUGA